AUGCGUCCUAAACAGGUGCUGCGGGGCGUGACUUUUACCAUUCCCGCCGGGCAGCUGGUGGCCAUUGUGGGCCCCUCUGGCUCGGGCAAGACAACCUGUUUGCGCCUCAUGAACGGCUUCUACGACCCACCACAGGGAACAGUUGAGUUCUGUUGUCACCAGGGACUGCUCGUUCUUAAGGUCCGCGUGAGUGGCGUGGACAUCCGACACGUGACGGGGGCGUGGCUUCGAGCGCGCAUCGCCUUCGUGCAGCAGAAGACGACGCUGCUGGGUGCCACAGUGGCCGACGCCAUCCGCUUGGGCGUCGCCGGCAGUGACGCAGACGUCACGGACGUAGCCAAGAUCGCUGGUGUCCACGACAUUAUUGAUCAGAUGCCAAAGAGGUACGCCACCCCGUUGUCGGGCAACAUCAGCGACGACGUGCGGAAGCGGCUGGCCAUCGCGCGGGCGCUGCUCACCAACCCAGACAUCCUGCUGCUGGACAGCUGCUUCUCCUCCAUGGCGCCAGAAGUCGAAGGCGCCCUGCUUAGCGCCAUAACUGAGGCUCGGCCGGAGUGUACGGUGGUGGUGGUGACAUCGCGCCAGAAGACGCUGGAGUCGGCGUCGCACAUCGUUGUGCUGGAGUCCGGCGUGGCGGUGGAGGAGGGCUCGCUCCUGGAACUGCUCAGGCAGCGCCAGUGGCUCUUCCAGGCUCUACGCCGCGCCGCCGAGGCGCGAAGCGUCGACGCCGUUGAUGCUGAAGAGGACGACACCAUUGACGAAUUUGAGCCUGCAGCGUCAGAGCUGGGCCCCUGCCCCCUCGAAGCUGAGCAGGAGCCCCACCGACGACGUGCAAGCAGCGACCUGGGCGUCGAGGAGGUCGGCGUUCUUGCAGCACUAGGGCGCAGUGCCCGCCUCGAACAGAAGGAUGGCGAGCGGCCGCAGUGGGGCAGCGUGCUGCGGCUGAGCGCGCGCGAGUGGCCGCUGCUGGCCACGGGCGCCGUCGCCGCUGCACUCUGCGGCCUCAGCCUGCCCGUCUACGCCGCGCUCUUCGGCGAGUGCCUCGCGCUAAUAUCAGUUAAUCCAGUGGGAGAUAUCUAUAAGAGACUGGACUUCUAUACCAAGAUAUUCCUCAUAGCUGGCUGUUUGUCUGGGACAUCACUAAUUGUACAGGGCUACACAAUGGCGGCAGCUGGUUCACGGCUGACCAAGAGGCUGCGCCAGAGUCUGUUUGACGCGAUGCUGCACCAGGAGCUGACGUGGUUCGAGAAAGAGGAGAACGACAUCGACAACCUGCUGCACCUGCUCAGGGUUGACGCUGCCAACGUCCAGAAGGCUUCAGGAGAGCAGCUGGCGCUGGUGGUGCAGCUGUGCAGCGUGGUGUUGGCGAGCGCGCUGCUGUCGCUGUACUACAGCUGGCAGCUGGGGGCACUAACCUUGGGACUGGCUCCGCUACUGAUCUACGCACUCCUCUACCUGUCCAAAACUGUCUCCAGGAGACCCUUCGACGAGCUCGAGGAACUCAACAAAGCAGAGGCUAUGCUGCGCGAGGCGCUGGGGGCGGUGCGCGUGGUGGUGAGCGACUGCGCGCAGCCGCUGGCGCUGGGGUCGCGGCCGCUAGUCUUCGGGCUGGCGCUCGCCACGCCCACCUUCAGCUACGCCGCCUGCGCCGCCCUGGGCGCCCACCUCUUCACCAACGGGCUCGUCUCCUACGAAGACGUCUUCCGGGUGCUACAGUCGCUGAUUUUGGGCACGAUGCUGGCAUCGCAGUUGGCCGCCCUGGCGCCGAACGUGCUGCGUGGGGAGCUGGCUGCCGCUCGAGUGCUGAACCUGAUCUCCAAGCGCUCUCUCGCCUACAACGUCAACGCCGAGUUCCACACCAAAUGGAGUAUGCGAGGCAACAUCCGGUUCUACAAGGUGGGAUUCCGGCCGGGCCCGCCGCAGCUGCACGAGUUCUCGCUGCAGCUACGUGAAGGGCAGAGCGUGGCGCUGGUGGGGCCCCCGGGCUGCGGCCGCUCGCUGCCCGUGCCGCUGCUGCUCGGCUUCUACCGGCCCACCUGCGGCACGCUGGUCAGUCACUCAUCUCGCCCUAACUCAACACCAACACAAGUACACUUACCAAUAGCUAAGAUAAGGGGAUCCAAUACCGACCCCGCUUCUAAUGUCGUCCCCCCAAGAAAUUUUCGGUUUCCACAGUUAAUAACAAAGGUUUAG